AGACUAGUAUAUAAACCGACGCGUUCCUCAAGGGGAAGACAACGAGCACUUCUCCCUCUCUCACACACUCAUCCAACCACUCACCCACCCACCCACCAAUUCAACCAAACAUGCCUUCUGAGCCCAGCCAAGUCACCGGCCAGUUCCACAGCGUCAAGGGCACCGUCGUCGAAGCUAUUGGCAACGCGACUGGCGCAACAUCAUGGCAGCAGUCCGGCAAGGAGGAGCACGCAGCAGGCGAGGCUGAGCACAAGGCCGCCCAGGUCAAGGCCUACGGCGACGGUGUCCAGGACCGCGCACAGGGCCGAUUCGAUGCCGUCGUGGGUGCUGUGACCGGCGACCAGGCGAAGCAGGCCAAGGGUAACGUGCAGGAGGAGGCUGGAAAGGCGCAGACCCAGGCCAACAACCCUUUCUAAAUGGAAACUCAUAAUGUAAUCAAUGUACUUUAACUUUCAAAGGUAUCUUCCUUGGGACUAGUCGUACGGUUAUGAAUAUCCUGAGAGAGUACCU